AUGGCUAGACGACCGCUACCAAAGACGAGGAAGGGCCCGCGGGCCCGCAAAAACAAGCCGCGCGUCAUCCCGGAACAGGAUCGUCGCAUCUGCGGCAGCAUCUGUCUGUGCCAGCUGACGAUAGUUGCCAGCUGCGUCGCCAUCGUCUAUCUGACGGUGGUCGUGUACCUACCGUCACACCGUGUCUUUAGAUCAAGCAUCAAUCCCGUACCUGUUAUGUGCCACACCGCCGAAACCGUCAUGAUGAAGAACAACUGUCCCUGGGCAUCAUGCGGCGAGUGGUGCCUCACCAGGACCACUGGAUUCUGCCCCCAGAUCCACGUCACGGUGAGGCGCAAUGGAACAGAAAUCCUGUUCCAGGACUGUACGAACAUCCACAACGUCGAUUGCCCCCAGGUUAAUCCCUCAUCACUUCCAAAAUUCAACUGUAACAACGGGUCGGAGUGUGGAGCGCUGACCGGCUUCUACUCGUGUAAAAACGGCCAUUGUGACGGCAUGUCGAAAAUGCACGAGUGUACCUACAAGGCGGAUGGCCUUGUCAUCGAUAGCGAGCGCGACAAUGCCAAGCUCAACGGCUACUUCCUCUGCAAGAAGGCCCGCUGUACCAAGGCCCGCAACGUGCAGUGCGUGCGCAUCUGCCCGCGCAUCGAGACGCUCCACGCGACGGUGAUGGCGCGCAGCGGCGACUCGGUGCGUGCGGCGCACUGCGAGCGCGCCAUCGCUGUGUACCCCAACGGCACCCUGCACGACGAACCGUUCUGGGACGCCUACGGCGGCGACGUCUUAUUUGUGUCCUGCACGCACCUCGAACCCGACGGCACCAGCUUCAGGUGA